CACCGCGCCUCGACCGCUGCAGUCAUGGGGCUGCAGCCCCUGGAGUUCAGCGACUGCUACCUCGACAGCCCGUGGUUCCGGGAGAGGAUCCGCGCUCACGAAGCGGAACUCGAGAGGACCAACAAGUUCAUCAAAGAGCUCAUCAAGGACGGGAAGAACCUCAUCGCUGCGACCAAAAGUUUGUCAGUGGCCCAGCGGAAAUUUGCUCAUUCACUCAGAGACUUUAAGUUUGAGUUUAUCGGUGAUGCUGUGACAGAUGAUGAACGAUGCAUAGAUGCUUCCUUACGUGAAUUUUCAAAUUUUUUGAAGAAUCUGGAGGAACAGAGAGAAAUUAUGGCAUUAAGUGUGACUGAAACCCUGAUUAAACCCUUGGAAAAAUUCAGAAAAGAGCAACUUGGAGCUGUAAAGGAAGAAAAAAAGAAGUUUGACAAAGAGACAGAAAAGAAUUAUAGUCUAAUUGAUAAACAUUUGAAUUUAUCAGCAAAAAAGAAAGACUCACAUUUACAAGAGGCAGAUAUCCAAGUGGAGCAGAACCGGCAACACUUCUAUGAACUGUCUCUCGAGUAUGUGUGUAAGCUGCAGGAAAUCCAAGAACGAAAGAAGUUUGAGUUUGUGGAACCUAUGCUGUCAUUUUUUCAGGGGAUGUUUACCUUCUAUCAUCAGGGCCAUGAACUUGCCAAAGACUUCAAUCACUACAAAAUGGAACUACAGAUCAACAUUCAGAAUACACGGAAUCGAUUUGAAGGAACAAGGUCAGAAGUGGAAGAGCUUAUGAACAAAAUCAGACAGAAUCCCAAGGACCACAAACGAGCAAGUCAGUUUACAGCAGAAGGCUACCUGUAUGUCCAGGAAAAAAGGCCUGCUCCGUUUGGUUCCAGUUGGGUAAAACACUAUUGCAUGUAUCGAAAAGCAGCGAAGAAGUUCAACAUGAUCCCAUUUGAGCACAGAUCUGGAGGGAAACUUGGAGACGGCGAGGUGUUCUUUUUGAAAGAAUGUACCAAGAGGCAUACUGACUCCAUUGACAGAAGGUUUUGUUUUGACAUAGAAGCUGCUGAUCGGCCUGGCGUUUCCUUGACCAUGCAGGCAUUUUCUGAAGAGGAAAGGAAGCAGUGGUUGGAAGCUCUGGGUGGAAAGGAAGCUCUGUCCCAUAGUUUUAAUACAGCCAUCAUCCCAAGACCAGAAGGAAGUAUAAAUGACCAAGGAUUGUACAGAGUUGUAGGGGUGAGUUCAAAGGUCCAGAGACUUCUCAGUAUGUUGAUGGAUGUAAAAACGUGCCAUGAGGUGGACCUGGAGAAUUCUGCAGAUUGGGAAGUGAAGACAAUAACAAGUGCCCUGAAACAGUAUUUGAGGAGCCUUCCAGAGCCUCUCAUGACCUAUGAGUUACACGGAGAUUUCAUUGUUCCAGCCAAAAGCGGCAGCCCGGAAUCUCGGGUUAACGCGAUCCAUUUCUUGGUACACAAACUGCCAGAGAAGAAUAAAGAGAUGUUGGACAUUUUGGUGAAACACUUAACAAACGUUUCAAAUCACUCCAAGCAGAACCUGAUGACCGUGGCAAACUUAGGAGUGGUGUUUGGACCAACUCUGAUGAGGCCACAGGAAGAAACUGUCGCUGCCCUCAUGGACUUGAAGUUUCAGAAUAUUGUUGUGGAAAUCUUAAUUGAAAACCAUGAAAAGAUUUUUCGGACGCCGCCCGAUACCACAUUCCCUGAGCCGACCUGCCUGUCAGCAUCACCCCCAAAUGCGCCACCAAGGCAGUCAAAGAGACAAGGCCAGAGAACCAAGAGGCCCGUGGCCGUCUACAAUCUUUGUCUGGAGCUGGAAGAUGGUGACAAUCCUAACCCUUCCAAGGAGGACACCCCUACUAGCAGUCUGGACUCACUUUCCUCCCCGUCUCCCGUGACUGCAGCUCUCCCUGGGCCUCCUGGACCAGACAAAAACCACCUUCUGGCAGACGGAGGGAGCUUUGGAGACUGGGCAUCCACUAUCCCAGGUCAGACCCGAUCGUCUAUGGUCCAGUGGCUUAAUCCACAGUCUCCAACCACAACAAGCUCCAACCCAGCUGUGACACCUCCUUCACCCGGGUCAUCCGCUUUCCUCUUUUCUCCUCCUGCUACUGUAGUGGACAAGCCACCUGAAAGUGUCAGCAGUCGGAAGGCUCGAGCCGUGUAUCCGUGUGAAGCAGAACACAGUUCGGAAUUAUCUUUUGAAAUAGGAGCAAUUUUUGAGGAUGUACAAACCUCCAGGGAGCCUGGCUGGCUAGAGGGGACUCUGAACGGCAAGAGGGGGCUGAUUCCACAGAAUUACGUCAAGCUGCUGUAGCUCCUGGACGCAGAGCCCCUGCUGACCCUGGCACCUAGGGACCUGCCUGGGGGCAGAGAGCCACCUUCCUCCUCCGAGGCUCUGGGCUGCACCCACAGGUACCUCCACACUUGGGAGUUACCAUCAUCACAAUCAGCCUUGGGGGUGGGGGGUGGGCGGGGAUGGGAAUGCACCGCACUGAACUGUGAUUGUGGAUCAGGAGGGGGAAUGUCAGGAUUCGCAGAAUGGACUUUUCAUUUGUCAAGUAUCGGGACUUGUGAGUUUUAAUUAUCCAGCAUAUAGAAUGAGAGGGAGGGCAGCCUUCUGCCACCCGUGUCGCCCCCACUGGCAGUCACGUCACCAGAGCCACCCUGGCUCCCUCUCCUCCCCGAGCACCUGCUGCUGCGAUGUUAAAGGGAACUGUGCUCCUCACAGCGAUAGGUCUGCAGAGCGCAUGCCUGGCUCCGGCGGCCUGGCUGCGAGAGGCUGCUGCUGGUGCGGGGGAGAUGGUCCCAAGCCAGAGGGAGGCAGAGAGACGUGCUUCUCCAGCCUACUCUUCCUAGACGGCCACCUGCAGGACCCCACGUCACUGCACUGGCGGCGUGCACUGGCAUAUUUGUAACAGGCUUCUCGGUGCUCCUCACCCAUGUGCUCUUUUCCAAACACCACCUUUUUGCCUCAAGGUCUCUGUAAAUGAAAUAAACUGUAAUUUACUA